AUGUCGAUCGCAACAGACAGAAACUUCAAAGACGCAAUCAUCAAAUUUCGUAAAGCUGUCUGCUUGCCACCAUCAGGUGUCUCAGGAAACAUCCUCCCCUGGGUUUGUUGGGCGUUGUGGAUUGCUCGCAACACACUAAUCUUCGAGGACCAACUCUCUACACCAGAGGAAACGGCGACGAGGGCAAUACGAUCAGCGCAGGAAUGGGGACUCGCGCAAGGACUAAAGGAUCAAAUACCAAAACGUGCAGAGAACCAACCCAAUUUGAAGCAGCACCAACCCGAAAGAAACACGAUAAUGGUUUGCAAAUCGGACGCCGCAUGGGACAACGGAUCGAACAAAGCAGGGCUAGCUUGGAUUCUCACAGAUGCAUCGGAAAUCUGCAAACACAGAGGAGCCACAACCCAGGACUUUGUUUCCAGCCCAUUGAUCGCAGAAGCCCUAGCCCUACGAUUGGGAAUCAUCUCCGCAGCAGCGAUGGAAAUCUCGGAUCUCCAGAUGCUGUCUGACAACCAAACGGUUAUUAAAGCUAUCAACAACGACAUCCAGAACCCAGAGAUCUAUGGUAUUGUGAAAGAUAUCCAAAAGAUCUCCUCUGGUUUUGUCGAUAUCACUUUCUCUUUUGUAUCUCGCGUGUUUAACGGUGAAACUGAUGCCUUAGCAAAAACCACCCUAAACAGAUCUUCUGUAAUGGACCCAUGA